UUUUAGCCCUUUGAACAUGUUCAGAGCAUGCCUAUUGGUUGGAGCUUUUUCUCAUGCACGCGAUCAAGUGACGUGCGCGAUCCCCUAUUGGUGGACAGACCAUGUGGCGAUGAUGUGUCACGCACCACUAAUCUCCACCUCAAGCCCACUCUAACCGUCCCAUACGAUCAUCACAGUUGUGGUACUACUACCAUCUCGUCACUUCCCUCGCUUCCGUCGAUUCGAUCUACCGCUGCUCCCUUUCGGCUUCUGCUGUCACGUGGACGCUCCAAAAUGUCCUUCCGCGUUGCUCGACAACAGGAUUUAACUGCUUUGUCUUUCUUUUCCAACAGAUCGCACAUUGCCCCAUCUUCCCUCAAUGUGUCCUGUCGGAGUGCCUCAAGCCGGCCCACAAAACCUUCGUGGUUCUGCUCUUCCACUCCCUGUGUGACGGGCGACGCCGACCAGGGAACCGGUGGUGAUCUUGAUGCCACUGCUCACCACCGGACUGUGUAUGCGAAAACUUCGAAUGUGACCAAUCUCAAUGGUUUAUCGUCUUUCGAGACCCGUGAUGAGUGUCACGUGCCCCCCUCGGUUUUGGCGUUAUUCGUCUAUUUGGCUCAACAGGGUGUGCAUGUGAGCGAUUUGUUUCGUCGACCCGGAAAUAUUAGUCAAAUGAAGCAAAUUCUGGAAUGCUUCACCGCAGGGCAACCAAUCGAUUGGAGCAGCUACAAUGUAUACACCGUGGCUAAUGUGGCCAAGAAACUCCUUCUAGCCAUUCCUGGCGGUCUGUUUGGCCUUUUUGGUGAGGAGCAGCUCCUCGCCACAGCUAGUUCUUCGUGUUCUUCAGAGUUGGACGAUAUCAUGGCCUCGCUGCCGCCACCCCAACAACCUCCCUCUGUUGCAGCUGCUUCAAUUUCCAUUCCGGUCUCCUUGGAUGCAUUUAAUAGAACAUCCUCUCUUUUCCCGUCGGAGCAUAGAACGGUCUCCUUCUCCGAUGACGCUGGUAUUGAUGUUUCCCCACACCAUCAUCCAUCCUGGUCCCGUGAUUCCAUCCAUCAAUUGCACUUGUUGGGAGUUGCACAGAAACGAAUCUCGGUAUUUCUCAGGGUCCUCAGUACACUACCCCCUGCACAUCAGGAGGUGGCUGUUAUCAUGUUCGGAAUUCUACACCAGUUGGUGUUUCAUUCCGCCUCUACCGGAGCCAAAUCCACCCUGUCCUCCAUGCGCGAUCUACACCACUCUGGCACAGCGGCAGAGGCGGAGAUUCUUGAACCGCAGUCGAACGGAUGCCGUAGGGAUUCCAACCCGGACAUCCCUCUCCUAACUGUCGCCGAGGGAGUGGUGAAGUCGGUGGCUGGCACUUUGUUCCACACGUGUUGCACAUCUGUGCAAAAAGUUGAGCAAACGGCCCAGGUUCUUCGAUCCCUCGUGCUCUACUUUCCCUCGAUGGGCGAGUCGGUAAUUCGCUUCUACAUCGAUGCGGUGGCCGAUCGCCUGACGACAACAACGUCCCCUGGUGAUGGUGGUGGCUACGUGGGGUCGACGAAAGGCUCAAAUCAGCCCGUGUGCAUUUUGUGCCCAGAAUCAGGUCAUGCCAACUACUUUGAUUCGGGCUCUCCCGUGGAAUGUGAGCGUCGUCCUUGCCCAACCAAUUUGUUUCACGCGGCAAGCCGGCUGUUCUGUCUCAAUGGUAGCUAUUCCACUCCAAUUGGCCGAAAAGCUGGGCAACGCAAACACCUGACUCAUCCUGCUCCACUCCUUUCCAAACUGCCCUCAUCCUCCGCCAAGCCCCGUUUUGUGUGCCCACCCUUUGGUUGCAAAAUACACGCGUCACCUACCACGACUACCGUUUCGGCUUCAGAAAGGACACAAGUGAACGCUCUUUCUGACGCGGUGACUGUCCCUUCCAUCCGCGUGACUCAGUGCCCCAAGACAGAACACGAGGAGCAGAUGGCGCAUGGCCGUCUCUCGGUAAUCGCGCCAUCGAAACCCUUACAGACGUCUGAUGUUGAUGGAAAUAUGAACGCCUCGAACGUUGCGUUAGACCACAACAUCCCCACGUGCACAAUUACACUUCGGCGGAACCAAAGUCGGUAUAGGUCUCUUCGAAGACGACAAAUGGAAAACCUUUCUCGUCGUGCAGAGUGGUUCUUAGGACCAACAACUCUGCCAAUUGUUACGCUCCACCACCCGCCGGACAAAGUCGAUCUGGUAGUCACCUCCACCAUGUCCCUUCUGGAUCUAGACGACUCGGUUGUACGAAAGUCCAAUCAUAUGACUCAGGGUCGCGUCCCAUCUCUUCUACCUCCACGGCUAUUGUUCACAGCGUCCACGGGCGAGCUGGGUGAACCGGAGUUCGACUCUGCGUCCAAAUGCGAUACCGCCAUCACCGGUCGCAGUGAGCCCGGACGGCAUCGAUUCCCCUCCGUCGGAUCAUAUUUAGAUCCGAUGCAUGCAGAUAGCUACAUUAGUCUCCACAGCGCCCCUUCAUGUGGACUACACCGUUUUGAUGACAAGGAUUCAGUUCCCUUGCUCUAUCCUGUGAGAUAUCAUCCCCCUGAAUUGAAAUCUACUCUUCCCUAUCAACACCCGUCCCGAAAAGAGGUGGCAAGUACAAAUGAUCAGAGAUGCCAGCCACAAUCGCCAGUGGAUAUGACCACACUCACUGACUGUCCGAAUUUGUCUGGCCCAGCACAAACACCGCUACCAGUGGGUGACGAGGCAGUUCAGAGGUGCUCAGUCCCCUUGCCCGGACAGACGAACCAGAACGCAUUGUGCUCCCUGUUGUAUAGACCCUACGCUGACCAUCGGCAAUCACCACUACCGUUGUUGAGAGCGGCGGAAGAUUUUGAGCCAGAUGGACGUCCCCGCCGGAAUAGCGCUUUACCGGCUCUGCAGUCGCUUACAAGACCCACUGAGGAUGAGACUCUUCCUCAUGGGCGAGGCCAGGAUGACAUGUAAGAACUACUGCGAUACAUAUACGGGCUCGUGUCAGCCACAGUUUUCCGUCUCUGCUUAUAUCUGUCCUACUUUGCUUUACUCUGUCUUGUUGUUUUGUUUAAUAAUAUUUUAUCAUUUUGUUCUUUUUUCUGGUACGCAUUUAUCGUAAUCCAGUCAGGUGUGCCAAACACGUUCCCGCGUGCUGCCUCCACUUUCGCACCCAAACAAUUUAGACGAGAACGUCUUACUUUCUUCUGUGUUCCCUAAGGCGCAGUAGAGCGCCCUGUUCUACCGUACCGUUAUCUGUACUCAGCUUAAUUCUCUUGCUUUCCUGUCGUGCCUCCUGCAGCCCAGUUUUUGAGUGCCAUGUGUUGGCCCAGUCUUUUGCACACAUUCCUCUCUAUGUCACUGUGUGUGGUACACAUUAUUUGUUCAAGUUCCAACCGCGCGCUCGUUUGCAUAUGUAUAUCUGGACCACGGCCACCGGAUUUCUGCCUCGACAAUUCCUCCCACCUUCUUAAUAAUAUGUUUCAUUUGUCCACAGAGUGGUGGCACCCCCUUACUCCAACCCACAUGUUAUCCUCUUCUAGCUGUUUGUGUUCAAGCGAUCAUUUUGUGUUAGCACGCCCUAUAGUCGGCCCAAGUGUCUCAUCCCUCUGUUGUUUUUCUUUUCUUUAUAGACUUGUACAUAUGUAACUGCGAAGAAGGUUACCCUUCGUAUAACUUACUCUCAACGU